AUGGCGGAUUAGUGAGUGGGUGGUAUUUGAAUGAAGGAGCGAGUGAAGAAGAAGAGUGUCAUUUGAUCUUUUUAAAAUUUCUCAACUAAUAAUAAUUAUAGUAUUACGAGAAGAAGAAGAGGAGGAGGAAGAAUACUAAAGAUUAGAUUAUUAGGGCUUCUUUUACAAGUGUUUUUGUUUUGUUUUGUUUUGAUUUGAAGUUAAGAAGAAGAAGAAGAAGAUGACGUUAGCAGCGGCACUAGGCGUGUCUCUUCGAUCCUUCAACUCCGCUUCUUCCUUCCCUUUUAUCCACUGCUCUGCUCUCUUCACUCGCCAGAUAACAAUGGACGCCAAGAGUGUUGCUUCUCAGCUAAAAAGUUCUGGUCUUUUACGUACCCAAGGCCUUAUUGGUGGGAAAUGGACAGACGCAUAUGAUGGGAAAACUAUAGAGGUUCGCAAUCCAGCAACCGGUGAAGUUAUAGCAGAUGUUUCGUGCAUGGGCCAGAAGGAAACAAAUGAUGCAAUAUCUUCGGCAUACAAUGCAUAUAAUUCUUGGAGCAAACUUACUGCUACCGAGAGGAGCAAAUCUCUGAGGAAAUGGUACGAUCUACUAGUUGCCCAUAAGGAAGAGCUUGGACAACUCAUAACCUUGGAGCAAGGAAAGCCUUUAAAAGAAGCCUUGGGUGAGAUCAGCUACGGAGCUGGUUUCCUUGAGUUCUUUUCUGAGGAGGCAAAACGUAUAUAUGGUGAUAUAAUUCCACCAGCUCUUGCUGAUAGGCGGCUAUUUGUUUUGAAGCAGCCUGUAGGUGUCGUCGGUGCAAUUACACCAUGGAAUUUUCCGCUGGCAAUGAUUACUCGAAAGGUUGGUCCAGCUCUUGCUUGUGGCUGUACCGUGGUCAUAAAACCAUCUGAAUUAACACCCCUUACAGCCUUAGCAGCAGCUGAGCUCUCUCUUCAAGCUGGAAUACCGCCGGGCGUUGUCAAUGUUGUUAUGGGAAAUGCUCCUGAUAUCGGGAAUGCUUUGCUUGCAAGUCCACAGGUAAGGAAGAUCACCUUCACAGGCUCAACUGCAGUUGGAAAAAAAUUAAUGGCAGGUGCCGCUGGGACUGUUAAAAAGGUGUCUCUGGAACUUGGUGGCAAUGCACCUUGCAUAGUUUUUGACGAUGCAGAUGUGGACGUGGCAGUAAAAGGAGCACUUGCAGCAAAAUUUCGCAAUACUGGACAAACAUGUGUUUGUGCAAACAGGAUCCUGGUGCAAGAAGGUAUCUAUGAAAAGUUUGCUAAUGCGUUUUCAAAAGCUGUCCAAAAUCUGCAAGUUGGAGAUGGUUUUAGUGAUGGUGUGGCCCAAGGUCCUCUCAUAAAUGAAGCUGCAGUACAAAAGGUAGAAUCUUUUAUCCAAGAUGCUACCUCAAAGGGAGCCAAAGUUAUACUUGGAGGGAGAAGGCACAGUCUAGGAAUGACUUUUUACGAACCGACGGUUAUCAGUGAUGUCAAUAAUGACAUGCUUAUAUCAAGAGAGGAAGUAUUUGGACCUGUAGCGCCCCUUUUGCGGUUCAAAACUGAGGAGGAUGCCAUCCGCAUUGCCAAUGACACCACAGCAGGGUUAGCUGCUUACAUAUUUACAAACAAUAUUCAACGAUCAUGGCGUGUCUCUGAGGCCCUCGAAUAUGGACUUGUUGGUGUUAACGAAGGGCUAAUUUCAACUGAGGUGGCUCCAUUUGGAGGUGUCAAACAGUCGGGGCUUGGACGAGAAGGUUCUAAAUACGGAAUGGAUGAAUAUUUGGAAAUCAAAUACGUAUGCUUGGGGAACAUGAACAGUAGUUGAUGUGCAAGGUUUUCCAUUGCACCAAAUUGAAGCUUUUACUCUAAGUUUGAGCAUGAGCAUCCGAGAAAACUCGAGUUUCCGCUUCUCUCGAGAGGUAGCGGUUGGGAAUGCGAUUUCCGGUGUGCAGCAUGCAUGACAACCAAGUCCUCGCAAUGUGUCAUCUUAAUAAGCGGGGUCUUGGAUAAGAGUUUGAUUAUCGUAUGAAAUUUCCUGUUGUGUUUAUUUUGUUGUUGCUUUAUAAAAGCACACGUCGUUUUGAUCUAAAACUUGCUGGUAUGGAUGUGUUUUACCUGUGAUGCUGGUCCUUCUGCUCUCUGUCAAUGAUAAGAGUUUAUUUAUAGCCUUUA